AUGUCGGACGAACCAGAUCACUGGAGCUUCUUUCAGCUCCCACCCUUUUUUACGCUCCAGCCGGGGACAACAGCACUUGCGCGGCAGAAGUGUCUCUGGGGGAAUCUCAUUUUGGACCAUGCGGCGCAUCAUGCGCUGAACACGAGACCGGGUUUGUGUUCCUUCCUUCGCCUCUACAAGAGUACGAGCGAUGUUUUUCGCAACCCCAGUCUUAACCGACGUCUCCCACCGGGGGCGGCCAGGCAGAUGCUUGAGUUUCUUGUAGCACAAAAUCCAAUUCAUUGUGUCGUUGUUUCGACUGACGACGACAAUAAUGAGAACGAUGACGAGAACUUUGCGGUUCUUCUUGCUUGCAAUGUGGGUGGGCUGAAGGAAAUUGAGCAGGCGCUCUUGUCGUGGAUUCUUGAUAGGGGGGCCGGCACCACCAUCGCACAUGUAGCGCAGAAAGGUGUGGUGAUGACCUUCGAUGAGUUGGUCGAAAAUAAAUGCCUGACUUACGGACGGGACCGGGAACCUGUCUUGAGCAGGUCGUCAGCGAGUCCCGUGCCUAUUGGGGACGUGGGGGCCUUGUCAGAGGAGCAGGCCAUCCGCACUCUUCUUCACUCGCUCAAAAAUAGGCCACUUUCGACCCUACACCCGAUUUGCAUUACCUUGUUUAACCUUGACGGCAGCGAAAGGCAGCCGUAUGAAGGCGUAAAAUUUGGUGGGAGUGUCGUCUCUUCUUGA